GCCAAAACGGCCAGACACAAUCCGCCUCUAGAGUGCAGUUUUAGCAAAUAGAAAUAAAACACGGAAAAGCUACAGCUUGUGUGUGUGUGUGUGUGUGUUUAAGUAACGCGUUAGAAGGUGUAAUAUGUGUUUUACGUACGAGGAGAAAAGCCUGUAAUAUCUGCAGCUGACAUACAACCUAAUGUACUUUGUACAGAGAGAAAUCCACACACCCCUCGUGCACUCGCCUCACUUCUGCAAAUAUGAGCAUUGACUACUAACAACCAUUACAGCGUGUCUGAAAAUUAAUGCAAGAUUGUCUGUUUGCAUUUACAAGGACUUUCAACUGAGUGGCUGUUUUUGGACACAGACUUUUCAAAACCAAUGGAGAAGCCACUGUCUCCUCGAGAGUCCAGUCAGUUUGUUGCCGAGCGCAGUCGAGAUGUGUUUGUGGAUGAAGAUGGAGUUAAACGAGUGGCGCAGAUGAUCUAUGAGCUCCGUGAGAGCGAGGAGUUCACAGCCAGCGGCUGGAAGAUGAUGAAUCCUCUGGCUCCUUCACCAGACUCAGAUGAAGCCAUUAACUGGGUGUUUGUGACUGACACCAUGAACUUCUCCUUCUGGCCUGAGAGGGAGGAAGAGCAGUGUGAGGUCGUGUGUAGAGGAAACACCUAUCGAGGAUACAUGUCUCUGUGUGCUGCUGUGACCAGAGCUAUGGAUGAAGGUGUGCCCAUUACAAACCCGACUUACUUCUCUCAGAUCAGUGAGGCCGAGCUGGCGAAAGUCCUGCGCUCAGACAGCGAUACUCCCAUGCCGAUGCUGAAAGAGCGUCACCAGGCUCUAACAGAGGCCGGACGUGUGCUCAUGGAGCAUGGCGGAUCCUUCCGGGUAUUCAUGAGUCACUGUGAGAAUGAUGCAGAGAAGAUGGUGAAGUACAUUGUGGAGAACAUACCGUCAUACAGAGAUGAAGCCACGUAUGAGGGUAAGAGGAUCUCGUUUUAUAAGAGAGCUCAGAUCCUUGUGGCAGACUUCUGGGGCAUCAUGGAGGCUCGAGGGGAGGGAAACAUCCCGAACCUGGACUACCUGACCAUGUUUGCUGACUACAGGGUGCCACAAGGCCUCGUGUACCUCGGCGCUUUACGCUACUCAGAUACCCUUAUGGAGACACUGAAAAAUGGUGAAUUGUUGAGCUCAGGUGAGAGGAGAGAGGUGGAGAUCAGGGGUUGCUCCAUCUGGUGUGUGGAGAGAAUCCGGCAGCAUCUGUGGAAGCUUGUGGAGGAGAGAGACGGGAAGAGCUGCCACAUCAACUCUGCUCUAAUUGACUUUUACCUGUGGCCAUAUGCUAAAAAACACCAUAAAGAAAUGGCACACAUUCCAAUACAUCACACACGCUGCAUCUACUACUGACAGCAUCAGCUUUUUUCAAGUUCUUUUUUUGUAUAAAAAAAAAAAAAUCCAAACAAAGCCACAGGACCACAGGAGCAUCAGCUGUUGUGCAUUUCUGAAGAUGGAGCACAGUAAUGAUGCUCAGGAUGUGUAUUACAAACAGUAUUAUAUUAUCACAUACUGAAAUACAUAAA